GUCCGUCCGCUGCCGGCGUCGCGCGCGUCAUACUCAGUAUGUGCCUUGUCUCAAAAUACACCUGACACGGCGACCGUUCUCGCUCAGUUUCGCUCCAUCUUGUCGAGAUCCGCGCUCGCUAAAUGUGCCGCCAUCAAAUCCGCGAUUGGUCGGUCAAUUGUCCGAACGACACGCGGCGUGUCUAAAUCUGACGCAUGAUGUAACACGCCAGACAUGCGUCCGCGACUAGAUUGGGGUUGAACAAGUAUGAACCACCCGUCAAACACCCCACCGGACCCGAACAGACAAAGUGUUGGCUGCGAUCCAAAAACCGCGAGUGGCAAUCGCAGAAACAGCGGCCUCUUCUCUUUUUUCAAGUGGUUCAAACCGUCCGCGUCCAGAGAAUCCAUCGAGAAUGAGUUGCAAGCAUCUCAUUCUUCCAGCAGCUGCGAGAGUCUCGACUCGACGCACUCUUCGGGAACGGUAGCUUCGUUUUCGUUCGUACCACCGAACGCUUACAAGAAGAGCACCUCGGAAAAAUGCAUAGUGCUCGGUCCGGAGACGGACACUUACAGAGCGAGGUUGAAACAGCGAGACAAGCGUCGUGAGUCAGACAAGAACCUCACUCUACGCAAGAAGUACAACCUCUUCUUCCAUCGAGACACUUUACUCAAACCAAAGCCUUUAGAAGAAGAAGAAAAUACUCGGAGUCUCCCUCUGAUGACGAGGCCAACUACCGAACCGGUCGAAGAGGUCAAGAUGCACCGAAGAACCUUCAGCGAAUCAUCAAAAGUGAAAAAAGCCGGAAGCUACGUGCACGUCAAAGGCAAACGCAGGGCGCCGCAACCACCCGGAAAGCAAGACGGCACUAACACGUUGAGGAAGAAGAGACUCGCACCAGUACCUCCAGAAAAGGUUAUCAAGGUAUUGGCCAACGACGUCUUGUCUAACGAUUCCUUAAAAUUAGACCACGGCAUCUUGAAACCAGCAAAAGAAGAAACUAAAACCACUCCAGACCAAAAUAGCUCGUCUCCAAGGUCAAGUGUUGUUGUCGAAACGCCCGUCUCUCCUAGACCUUGGUACAAAAGAAACACCGCUGCCAACAAAAAAGAAAAAGCCGAACACAAAUACGAAGUCAUCGAAAAACGUAACUCCACACUCGAUCUCACUUACGAAGAACCGAAGUUCGAUAAGAAGAAAGAAGAGAAACGCAAAUCCGGGCUGUCAUUCUUGACAAACAUCAGCGAGCUGGAUCGCGAAGCUUCGGAAAUAGUUAAAAACAAACAUGGUGUGGACGAUCUAGGUGAAAUGCCUGAGUUUAUGAGACCCAAAGAAAUGAGUAAACCUAACACGGAUAGUUGGGUGUCACCUAAACGUCGCUCAGCUAAAGAUCUCAUAGCUAAAUUCAACGCCAUAACGAAUGUAACAAGAGUGACUGUGUUUGGAGCUUCCCAAAGAGAUCAAAAGUUGUUUGGGAAACAAAUCAGCUUGGACGAAACGAGGAGAAGACAAGAAACAUUACUAGAAUCACACAAAAGGAGGAUAGAAGAAAUAGAUAAUAAGAAGAAUAUACCGCUAAUGAAAUCAGAAAGUGCUAGUGCUAUCAAAGCGAAACCUGAAACGCCGAAGUUUGAAAGGAAAAGUUGGAAAUGUCCGAAAUGCAACUUGGAAAAUGAAUAUUGGAGGAUCAUUUGUCACGUGUGUUCUGCGAUAAAACCGUAUUUCGACGAUUUCUCCUCGGGAGGUGUCAAACCCGGAAGUCCACUGCUGCCUAGGAAAGAAAAGACGCCUCCCAAAAAGCUCGAGCCAAAUUUCGAAAGAGCUAAAACACAGAUAGGCUUUUCUGCUUUAGCAAAGUUACAAAAGGAUGAUGUGCACCAAAAAGAGAAGACUGGGGCGAAAACUGGAAGUCCUUUGGUAAUGAGAAAGGAAAAAACUCCUCCGGAAAAAAUCGACGCGAACUUUGAAAGAUCGAAGACUCAGAUUGGCUUUCCAGCUUUAGCUUCAUCCAGGUCAAAGCCAGACAAAGAAGAAACGCCUCAAAAAAUUGAAGCGAACUUCGAAAGAUCCAAGACUCAGAUAGGCUUUUCCGCUUUGGCGAGUUUCAACGCUCAGAAAACGGAAAAGGAGGAUACGUCUCAGAAAGACGAUAACAAAAAGGAAGAGAAAGAACGACUAAAGAAGAUGCUCAUCGAAAUGAAGAAUUCCUUGCCAAACCGAAAGUCUCACAUAGCGUUGAAACAGAAUAGGGCGAGUAUAAUCAUGGAAAAUCCCGGUGAUGCCAAAGAGGAAGCUUAUGAAAAGAUCGAGCUAGCUCCUGAGAAAACGCAAGAGGAAAAGGUAGCGGAAAUACUGAUAGGCACCACUCAAACCAUCUACGAAAAUAUCAAAGUGCGGAAGAGUGAAAACCCGAAACCGAUAAAAGUGUCGUCUGCCGCUCAAACCAGCGGCGUAGUUAAGCAGGUGCAAGUCCCACCUUCGACAAUCACGAAUUUGGUCAGCGACCAGGCUAGGAAAAACAACUACGAACUGAUGCGACCCAAGGACUUCGAGGACAUCUACACUGACUCUGAAAGUAAAUCUGCCGCAAGGAUAUACGCGAACUUGGCUAGGAACGAUGAGCUGUCUUUGUUUUUCAAUAUGCCGAAGAAUAUAAACGUUAAGAAUAACGCUCAGAGUGGUAGUGCGAAGAAUACGGAUACGAUCGAGAUAAACAGGUUGUUGAAAAGGUUGGAGACUUCUAUUGCUAAGGGUGAGUUGACGGAAGCGGCCAUUUUUGCAAAGGAGUUAGCUCAGUUGAAGGUGAACUGUUCAGUGAUUAGACAUAGGCCUCAGACAGCAGAAGAAAAACGAGGAAUACAAAUCGAGAUGUACGUAGAAGACAAAGUAUCGCAUCGCGGCCCAUUCCCUUUGAAUGUUGUCCCUGAACUGACCGUUGCCGAACUGAAGAAACAGGUCGAAAGGGAAUACGAAAUUCCAGCUGUGUUUCAACGAUGGAUCCUGGGCAAAGAACUAGUCACCAAGGACACGGCUACGUUAAAGGACCAUAACAUCACCGAUGGCUGUCCUGUAUUCUUAUAUUUAGUAGCUCCAGAACAAAAAUCAGCAGCAAAUGUGAUAUUAAGUACCAAAGAUCUCCCGUCAACGUCUAAAUCGAUACCUCAUCAAGAAAAAGCUGAAGACCCUAUAUCUACCGCUUCAUCGCCGAAGCCUGAGAAAACGUUCAAUGACGAUAGAAUAGAAAAAAUGAAAUCAAACGUGCAAAAUCUCCAAAAUAUGCUCGGUGAAAGUAGAAACGACCACACUCCGAAAAUCGUCAAUGUGAUACCAAAACCCGCCAAAACGGAAAAGACUGAAAUAACUAGGAUAAUUCCAGUUGAACUAGAAAAUAAAAUAGAAACUAAUAAAUUUAAAGAACCACCGGCUACGGUAUUGGAAAUCAAAGUAGAGAAAACACCGAUCGUUGUUCAAAAGGAAGUAAUCAAUGUAGAAAUAGUACCAACACCUGUGGUUAAAGACCAAACAAGUCUAGAAGUGAAACCGAAAAUUCAAUAUGUAUUUCCUACGAUUCAAAAUGUUUAUGAAAAGCAAGUUGAAAAUAAGAUAGUUACGAAUCCAGAACAGGUCAAGGCUGUGAGUAAGUUAGGUGCAAUACCUAAGGAAAAAAUUGAAACAAAUAAAACAGUAGCUACGAAAAAUGUAUCGGAAGCUAUGAAAAAUGUUGCUAACAUUACAAACAAAGUAGCAGAAGCUACAGUGAAUGUAGUAGAAACUAAAACGACCGUUACAGAAACUUCUAAGAGACUAUUAGAAGGAACGAAGGAUAUAGCAGAAGCCACAACGAAAGUAGCAGAAGACGCAGCAAAAGUAGCAGGAGCCACAACAAAAGUAACAGGAGCCACAACAAAAGUAACAGGAGCCACAACAAGAGUAGCAGAUGACGCAACAAAAGUAGCAGGAGCCACAACAAAAGUAACAGGAGCCACAACAAGAGUAGCAGACGCUACGAAAAAUGCAGACGUGAAGUUGGUUCCAAAAGCAAGUGAAGAAGAUUUUGAAGACUGCGAAAAUUCGACCUUGAAGGCAGAAAAAGAAUGGGAGUGUCAUCUAUGCACGUUGCUGAAUCCGGUCAGCAGCAAUAUUUGUGCAGUUUGCGCGACAGUUCGGAUGAACAAGCCAGCCCGAAAACACACCAAGAAAAAAGCCCCACAACCGCUGCCUCAAACCUACCAACAGCUAGUGAAACUCGAUAACGCUGACCUGGUGGAAAACCAACAGACGUUCGAGUGUGUGGUCUGCUUUAGCGAGAUCGCGCCCCAUCAAGGAGUCACGCUUAGGGAGUGUCUACACCAGUUCUGCAAGGCAUGUCUCGCUCACACCAUUGAGUUUACGGAGGAGGCCGAGGUCAAGUGUCCUUACAGGGAUGACGAGUAUUCGUGUAAUAUUGCUCUUCAAGAUAGGGAAAUAAAGGCACUGGUGACCCCCGAAGUGUACGAGCAGCACCUGGCGAAGUCGGUGGCACAGGCCGAGAACAAAAUCGAGGGCUCGUUCCACUGCAAGACCCCCGAUUGCAAGGGAUGGUGCAUCUUCGAGGACAAUGUGAACGAGUUCAAGUGCCCGGUGUGCAGGAAAACAAACUGUCUGACCUGCCAGUCAAUCCACCCCGGCCAAAACUGCAAGCAAUACCAAGAACGGAUGGCCAUGGAAUCCGAGGUAGACGAAGACGCUCGACGGACCAGAAUAUUCCUCCAAGAGAUGGUGAGCAAAGGCGAGGCGAUCGAGUGCCCCACGUGCAGGGUGGUACUGAUGAAAAAGUGGGGCUGCGACUGGCUGAGGUGCUCCGUGUGCAAAACGGAGAUCUGCUGGGUUACGAGAGGUCCGAGAUGGGGACCUGAUGGCAAGGGGGACAUCUCGGCUGGGUGCAGGUGCGGGGUCGAUGGCGUUAAGUGCCAUCCAAACUGCAACUAUUGCCAUUAGAUAGGUUUUGGGAGUAGUACGGGUUGGAACCACCUCAUACGCAAAGUAGCUCAAGGGAGUCUUUUCAGAUACUCAUUUUAUUUAUACGUCAAUCCAUUUAUUUUCAUAGCUAGGAUAAAUUGCAUAAUAUUCUGUUGUUUAAUCGAUUGUGAGAUUAGAUAUUUCUAGCAGCACUUUCUCUGGUUAUGUUGCGGAUAAUUUCGGCAAUAUUUAUGUUUAAGUUAGGGAAUUAUAUCUCAUAUCUACAUACAAUGGCUAGUAACGUGAUACUUUUAUUAAUUUUGCUUUUAACUACAUGUACGUACUAAUAGACAAUUUUUCUUUGUUAUUUUUUAUUACACUUUUGUUUUUGGUAUGAAUUUGUUUUAUGCUGUGUCAUAUUGUAGUCUAUGUUUUUUGUUAUUUGAAUUCAUCACUUUCUGCGUAUUUUGCCUAAAUAUGCUUUCGUCAUUUAUAUACAUAUACUUAUUUAUGUAAAUAUUUUUUAUAAAAUUUUAAUAUAGAAACUCCUAGUCUAUUUCUAGUCCAUGUAGUCAACCAAUAUGUGACAAUAUGUUCAUAUGCAAACUGCCUUAACUUUGUUACGAUUUUUGCAAAUAAAUGAAUAAAUAACCGAAA